AUGGAAAAGAACGAUCGGGAUGCGUGGGCUCAGAAGUUACCCCAGAUCGGAAAUAUAGGUCCGUCAAAACGCCUAAAUUUCGACGACGAAAGCGAUCAAGAGAAUCUGUCCACCGCCAUGCCGGACCCGAACCCAGAUUUCUCCGCUCAAAUUCGAGAACUCCAACAACAGCUCGAGGCACUUCGGACAAACGUUCCUGCGAACAGAGAUGAGACGCCGCGCACGCACACACGUGUUACCGUGCAUUUGCCAAAAUUCACACACAACAACCCGCACCUGUGGUUUGCUCAAGUGGAGCGAUCAUUCCGUUUGCACCACAUUGUCGACGACACUGACAAGUUCGACUUGGUGACACUGCAUUUGGAAGAAGAUGUGGUUUUGGCUGUGGAGGAUUUGGUCACUCGUCCACCGGCAGACAACAAGUACGCAGCAAUCAAAACUCGCUUGCUGCAGAAGUUCGCUGAAUCGCCCGAGUCAAAACUGCGACGACUACUUCAAGGAGGAGGUGCCACCGGAUUAAAGCCUUCGGAAAUCUUGGCAAAUAUGCGACGCUUAGCCCCGGAUCCUGGCAGCGAAAACAUCAUUCACACCCUAUUCCUGGCUGAGAUGCCAGCCUCCAUUCGUCCGCUGCUCACCGUAUGGGAUGAGUCGGACUUGGACAAGCUUGCGAAGAUUGCAGACAAAAUGCUCGAAGCCGUUAGCACGAACGCCUCGUUUGCCAUCGGCACAUCUUCAACUGCUGUUCCUCCAGCAAUUCCGGAUAUCUGCGCAGUUUCCCCUGCAGAUCCAUUGAAAAAACUUUCUGACAAUUUACGUUCGCUCAUGCAAGAUGUCACGGCAUUGAAAAAGGAUGUCAAGCGCAUCCAAUCACGCAACCGAUCACGCAGUUCAUCUCGUGGCGCCAGACCAGCGGACAAUUCCGGUCAACAGACUUCAGGAGCACAGGAAAAUCUUUGUUUUUACCACAAGCGCUUUGGUGACAACGCAAAUAAAUGCCGACCACCCUGCGCACGCUCCACGUCGUUAAACAGCCAGGACAGCAGCAGCGAUCCACCAGUUCAGUCAGCUGUUCCACGGGAGCUGCGUUUGCACGUCACCGAUCGUACCUCCAACAUCAGAUACCUCAUCGAUUCUGGAUCUGUGGUUUCAGUUGUACCUCGCACGCUGGUUAAACAGAAAACCACCCAAGCCGAUCUGACGCUAUACGCAGCAAACCAGACCAUCAUUCACACCUAUGGUAGAUACAUAACUAAUCUGGACUUGGAUCUCAGACGCAACUUCACCUGGCCAUUCAUCAUUGCGGACGUACACACGCCUAUAAUUGGAGCAGACUUUUUAGCCGAAUUCCAGCUUCUUAUUGAUCUCAAAAACAGAUGCCUUAUUGACUCGGUCACAGGACUGUCAACAACUGCGCGCCUAGCACAGGCGAAUCAAACAUCCGUUUCCACUGUGCAGGGAAUUUCUAAAUUUCGAGACCUUCUGCAAGAGUUUGUGGAAGUCACUAAACCGUCAUCGAAGCAUAGAAAGCAACAUGAUGUACAACACCAUAUCGAAACAUAUGGGACCACCGUUUCUGACCGACCACGACGCUUAUCUGGAGAUAAACUUGCAACUGCGAAAAAGGAAAUCAACUUUCUGAUUGAGCAAGGCAUAUGUCGUCCCUCCAAAAGUCCUUGGUCCAGCCCACUCCACAUGGUCACCAAAAAAGACGGUGGCUGGAGGGCAUGCGGCGAUUAUCGUAAGCUCAACUCGAUUACGAUACCAGAUCGCUAUCCGAUUGCACACAUUCACGACUUCACCGAACAGCUACAUGGUGGGAAAGUCUUCUCAACGCUUGAUUUGGUAAAGGCGUACUACCAAAUUCCCAUGGCGGAAGAAGACAUCCAGAAGUCGGCCGUAUGCACCCCUUUUGGACUCAUAGAAUUCCAGUACAUGCCUUUCGGGUUAAAAAAUGCGACACAGACGUUCCAGCGUUUUAUGGACAAUAUUGUUCGCGGCAUGGACUUCGUAUAUUGCUACAUAGACGAUAUACUUAUAACUUCGAAAUCGAUCGCAGAACACGAAGAACAUCUUCGAGCAGUGUUAUCAGUCCUGCAGAAACACGGGCUAAGCAUCAAUCUGAGCAAAUGUCAACUAGCUCAAACGCAAGUUAAUUUUCUCAGCUACACGAUUAACGAACACGGCAAACCACCGUCCAGUCGCAUCGAUGCCAUCCUCAAUUAUGCUCGUCCUGAAACUAUCAGCCAACUAGGCCGUUUCUUAGGCGUUAUAAACUACUAUCGCAGAUGCCUACCUCGAUCUUCGCACACUCAGGCACCGCUGUCCGCGCUGCUAAGAAAUGUAAAGAAGAACGACCAACGACAAAUCAUCUGGACUACAGAACUCAUCUGGUUUGUGACGCAUCGGACCUCGCAAUCGGAGCAGUUCUGGAACAACGCACUAGUCAUGACUGGCAACCUCUAG